GAUCCCACUGUCAUCACAGGCAGGGUUGGUUGGGCAGCUCUACAAGACAAGGCAGCUGAGCCCAGCCAAGGUCUCAAAACCUCUACCGACACACUACCCAGCCUCCCUCGCCCCAUAAAUCCCCGCGUACUAUACUCCCCAUUUCGCACCACAGCCUCCUCCUCCUCCUCCUCCUCUCAGCUCGCACAUGCCAAAGCCUGCCUCCUCCAUUGCCUAGCUUAGUGGGGAGAGAGAGCCACCUCGCCUGCCUGCCUGCCUGCCAUUGCUGGUUGGAGGUAACCCCUCCUGCUCCUCGUAGACGGCAAGGCAUUGAGGACGACGGCCAUGGCGCCAGCGGUGGCCGCCGGAGGCCGCGUGGGGACUGUUGAGGCGCCUGCUGUCGCUGCGGCGGCGAGCCAGAAGAAACCCUGCGCUUGCGGGUUCCAGGUGUGCGCGUGCACGGGGUCGGCGGCGGUGGCGUCCGCCGCGUCGUCCCUGGACAUGGACAUCAUGGAUUCGGGGCGGAUCGGGCCGCCCGGCACCGAGGGGUGGGUGGGCGUGGAGCUCAACCCCGAGACCGACGAGAGCGGCGCCGUCGUCGACGACCGCCCCGUCUUCAAAACAGAGAAGAUUAAGGGCGUCCUGCUCUACCCGUACAGGGUUCUGAUCUUCGUCCGUCUGAUCGCCUUCACCCUGUUCGUGAUCUGGCGUAUCUCGCACAAGAACCCGGACGCGAUGUGGCUGUGGGUGACCUCCAUCUGCGGCGAGUUCUGGUUCGGCUUCUCCUGGCUGCUGGACCAGCUGCCCAAGCUGAACCCCAUCAACCGCGUCCCUGACCUGGCGGUGCUCCGGCAGCGCUUCGACAGGCCCGACGGCACCUCCACUCUCCCGGGGCUGGACAUCUUCGUGACCACCGCCGACCCCAUCAAGGAACCCAUCCUGUCCACCGCCAACUCCGUGCUCUCCAUCCUCGCCGCCGACUACCCCGUGGACCGCAGCACCUGCUACGUCUCCGACGACAGCGGCAUGCUGCUCACCUACGAGGCCCUGGCCGAGGCGUCCAAGUUCGCCACCCUCUGGGUGCCCUUCUGCCGCAAGCACGGGAUCGAGCCCAGGGGUCCCGAGAGUUACUUCGAGCUCAAGUCCCACCCUUACAUGGGGCGGGCGCAGGACGAGUUCGUCAACGACCGCCGCCGCGUCCGCAAGGAGUACGACGAGUUCAAGGCCAGGAUCAACUCGCUGGAGCACGACAUCAAGCAGCGCAACGACGGGUACAACGCCGCCGUCGUGCAAGGGGAGGGCCAGCUCCGCCCGACGUGGAUGGCCGACGGGAACCAGUGGGAGGGCACCUGGGUCGACGCCUCCGAGAACCACCGCAAGGGCGACCACGCCGGCAUCGUUCUGGUGCUGGUUGAACACCCGAGCCACACCCGCCAGUACGGCCCGCCGGCGAGCGCCGACAACCCGCUGGACUUCAGCACCGUCGACGUGCGUCUCCCCAUGCUCGUCUACAUGUCCCGCGAGAAGCGCCCGGGAGUGAACCACCAGAAGAAGGCCGGCGCCAUGAACGCGCUCACCCGCGCCUCCGGCCUGCUCUCCAACGCCCCCUUCAUCCUCAACCUCGACUGCGACCACUACAUCAACAACUCCCAGGCCCUCCGCGCCGGCAUCUGCUUCAUGGUCGGACGCGACAGCGACACCGUCGCCUUCGUCCAGUUCCCGCAGCGCUUCGAGGGCGUCGACCCCACCGACCUCUACGCCAACCACAACCGCAUCUUCUUCGACGGCACGCUCCGCGCCCUCGACGGCAUGCAGGGCCCCAUCUACGUCGGAACAGGGUGCCUCUUCCGCCGCAUCACCGUCUACGCAUUCGACCCGCCCAGGAUCAACGUCGGCGGGCCAUGCUUCCCCAUGCUCGGCGGGAUGUUCGCCAAGACCAAGUACGAGAAGCCCGGGCUCGAGAUGACCAUGGCCAAGGCCAAGGCGGCGCCGGUUCCCGCUAAGGGCAAGCACGGCUUCCUGCCCCUGCCCAAGAAGACGUACGGCAAGUCGGAGGCCUUCGUCGACAGCAUCCCGCGCGCGUCGCACCCGUCACCGUACGAACCUGCCGAGACGGUCGCCACCGACGACGGCAUCAUGGCCGAGGCGGUGAACGUGACGGCGGCCGAGUUCGAGAAGAAGACCGGAUGGGGCAAGGAGAUCGGCUGGGUCUACGACACCGUCACGGAGGACGUCGUCACGGGCUACCGGAUGCACAUCAAGGGCUGGCGCUCGCGCUACUGCUCCAUCUACCCGCACGCCUUCAUCGGCACCGCCCCCAUCAACCUCACCGAAAGGCUCUUCCAGGUGCUCCGCUGGUCCACGGGCUCCCUCGAGAUCUUCUUCUCCAAGAACAACCCGCUCUUCGGCAGCACCUACCUCCACCCGCUGCAGCGCGUCGCAUACAUCAACAUCACCACAUACCCGUUCACCGCCAUCUUCCUCAUCUUCUACACCACCGUCCCGGCGCUCUCCUUCGUCACCGGCCACUUCAUCGUGCAGCGCCCCACCACCAUGUUCUACGUCUACCUCGGCAUCGUCCUCUCCACCCUGCUCGUCAUCGCCGUGCUGGAGGUCAAGUGGGCGGGCGUCACCGUCUUCGAGUGGUUCAGGAACGGGCAGUUCUGGAUGACGGCCAGCUGCUCCGCAUACCUUCAGGCCGUCUUCCAGGUGCUCAUCAAGGUCAUAUUCCAGCGGGACAUCUCCUUCAAGCUCACAUCCAAGCUGCCCACGGGAGACGAGAAGAAGGACCCCUACGCCGACCUCUACGUCGUAAGGUGGACGCCGCUUUUCAUCACUCCCGUCAUCGUCAUCUUCGUCAACAUCAUCGGAUCAGCGGUGGCCUUCGCCAAGGUGCUCGACGGAGAGUGGACGCACUGGCUCAAGGUCGCCGGAGGCGUGUUCUUCAACUUCUGGGUGCUCUUCCACCUCUACCCGUUCGCCAAGGGCAUCCUCGGCAAGCACGGCAAGACGCCAGUCGUCGUGCUCGUCUGGUGGGCAUUCACCUUCGUCAUCACCGCCGUGCUCUACAUCAACAUCCCGCACAUACAUCAUAGCUCGGGAGCCAAGGUGGCGCACGCUCAUCAUGGACAGAAGUUCCUCGCCUGGCCGUGAGCUUGGAACUGCUGAUCUCGAUGACGUCGCCGCCGUGCGUCCCAAAGAAAGAGGGCAGCAGAAAAAGAAACGAGUCAUUCACUGAACUGUGCAUGCAACGUUCUGAUCAAAAGAAAGUGCCCGCCAUUUCAUUUCAUUUUUUGCCCGCUUGUUUAUAGUUUUGUCCAGAAAAGUUGGUGUUGGUUUGAAUUAUAGUUUUUAUUUACCUGUGGUAAUUAGGUCUGUACUUAUUAAUCAUACAUUACAUUGCUCGAACAACAAAGGAAGGGACUUACCGGUGGGGGGCUGGGGUGUAAGAAAGAGCUUGUACUGUACAAGCUGGACGAUGUAUACAGAAACUGAGAGGCUGAGAGUGGGGUGUAUGGUGGUAUUCAUUUGGUAUAUGGAAACAAUAAAUGCAAUUUCAUUAA